GGAGCCUGUCUGCCAGCAGCUUCAGCAGCGGCUCUAUCUGGAUCCUAGCACACUCACUGACAAUUCAAGGAGGCCCCUUUUCCUUCUUAUUCCCGCGGAUUAUUGUUCACAAUGGGCGACAAAAAGAGCCCUACCAGGCCAAAAAGACAAGCCAAGCAGACCGCCGACGACGGCUACUGGGACUGUAGCGUCUGCACCUUUAGGAACACAGCCGAGGCUUUUAAAUGCAGCAUCUGCGAUGUGAGGAAGGGCACAUCAACAAGGAAACCCAGGAUCAACUCCCAGCUGGUCGCCCAGCAGGUGGCCCAGCAGUACCCCAUGCCUCCCCCGCCCAAAAAAGAGCGACGGGAGCGGAGCGAGCGCACAGACAGGGAGCGGCCAGACGGUGAGGCUGAGCGCACAAACGGGGAGGGUCGCCCCGAAGGCGAGCGCCCGGACAUAGUGAGGCCCGAGGGAGACACCCCGGACAAGGACAACAGCGACAAGGAACAGCCGGUCCACGACAAAGCCGACAGAGAGAAGGACAUCAGCCCGGCCAUCGCCAAGAAGCCCAGCAUCAAAAAGAGCAGACCCAAAUCAGACAACCAUCAGAGUCCGCCUAGCGACAAGCAAAGUAUACAGUCUGGCAAAUCAGUAACCAAAACCAACAAGAAUCAUCACAUUUCCAGGCCCAAACUGAAGAACAUCGACCGGAGUACGGCCCAGCAGCUGGCCAUCACCGUAGGCAACGUGACGGUGAUCAUAACAGACUUUAAGGAGAAGAGCCGCUCCUCAUCCACUUCCUCGUCCACCAUCACGUCGAGCGCCGGCUCCGAACAGCAGCACCAGAGCUCCGGCUCCGAGAGCAUGGACAAGGGCUCCUCGCGUGCCUCCACGCCUAAAGGGGAUCUCUCCGUGGGGCACGACGAAUCCUUCUGAGGGCCCCCCGCCACCACCACCCCACCCUACCCACUUUCUCCCUUUACCACGCCCACCUCACCCUUUUCACUGUUGGUUUCUGGACACUAAGGAUCCCAAAAGGGGAGGGGCUUGCCUUCCGCAGCCUGGAUGCUGAGGGGCUGUGAGGAGACUCAAACACGCCCUCGUUGGGAACUCCUCCAAUGGGAGAGGAGAAGCAGGGCAGACACUUGUACGUAUUGUUUUAUAUUUCAACGUGGAUGUGGGGCCGAGUCCAUCUUUUUGUUUUUGUCAAGAACAAUCCUCUGACGGGACAACCACCACCAUCCUUUUAUUUAUGACCUUGUUGCACCUCCUUUUUAUGUUGAAGCUUUGCUGUGCAGCUCUGCCCGACCAUCGUCCCCUCAGUGUUUUAUUGCAGUUCAAAACGAUGCCAGACCCCCCCCCCUCCUGCCACACACACACAUACACACACACACACACACACACACACACACACAAAGGUGCUACAUUCACUGUGAAAGGUUUUUGCAGAUUGCCCAAUCGCUCAACGUGAUGAUGAAAAAAAUAGUCACUCCCUUUUCACUCUGAACACUGUUGGGACCUCCCUCGCCACUGGCGUCUGGCGCCCCAAGUCCAGAUCCCCGACUUUCGCCUCGAUUGUCUCUAAUCUUAUCCAGUAUUGUGUGUCCUCAACUGUACAGUGUAGGCUGUUGUGUAAAACACUAAAAGCUGUUCAUAUUUCCUCCAUUCCGUACUGGAAACCCUGACUUUCCGAAUGAAAGGUGAAGUUGUGCAGCUCUUAACUUGGAGUUUUAUCUCGAAAUGACUGACGGGGCCGUUGCACGCCGUCCCACGUGGUGAAACCAUACGGAACUGCAGAACACUCUCCAACCAACGCCUGUUUCGUUUUUGUUGACACCUGAAUACCCAAUACAGCGGAACCUCCGUUAGCGUCAUGAAUCCCUUCCGGAAGGUCCGACUCUAACCGAAACGUACUCUAACCGAACCAAGAAGUCCAAUUAAUAUGUUCUGGUCAUCAAAAAUUUUAACACAAAACACUUUUUUAGUAGUUUUACAUGCAGAAAAGAACUCCAAAUGCAUACAAAUGAGGAAUGAAAGGAUCAGUGAACAUCUAACAUCACUUUUACUUCCACUGCUCUGAGGUUUCUUGUGUUUCACACCUUCUUUAUAAAAAUGCCAGCACUUGAAACUUUCUUUGGCUCCACUGUGGGUUAUUUGGCAGCCGCGAUCAGUAAGAAAAGCAAAGACUUGUUAGCUAGCAAAGAACUACAGAGUCAAACGCUGACAGAAGUGGGGGACAAUGACUUCCGGUUCCGGUUUCCAUGAUAAUGUGCUAACAGGGAAGUUUUUGUGGUAAAAAUACGAUACGAACACUCUUGAACUCACACAGUACAAUAAUAACCCGACAGGAUGCGCAACAUAUUCUAUGCUAAUCAGGAAAUGUAUGCGAACCGCAGCAAAACUGUUGCCUAAAUUUUUGAUGGAGCCUGAAGACAGUGACUCAUGGUUCCGGAUUCCCUGCUAACACGCUAACAGGGAAGUUUUGGGAUUAAAAAACAUGCAUUAUUAACAACACGACAAGACGCGCACUAUAUUGUACGUUAACCAGGAAAUGUAUGCGAACUGAGGCAAAAUCUUUGUGUGAAUUUUCAAUGGCCAACGGAGCUGUGAGACAAUGACUUCCAGUUCCGUCUUCCAUGCUAGCGCUCUGCUAACAGGGACAUUUUGUAAUAAAGCUACAGUCGGACUCUGACAGUGUAUUAAUAACCCCACGAGACGUGCGCCAUAUGGCAAUGACCUCCGGUUCCGGAUUGUCUGCUAACAUGUUAACAAGGACGUUCUGUGAUUUAAGAAAUGCUAAGAACAUCGUUGAACUCAUGCAGUGUAUUAACAACACAUACUGUACGUUGUCAGGGAACAUUUUACAAACCGAGGCAACAUUUUUGUGUGAAUUUUCAACGGGCGCCGAAGCCGGGUGACCAUGACUUCCACUUAUGUUUUCCAUGCUAACACACCACUAAUGGGGAUGUUUUGAACACAGUCGUACACUGACAACGCACGCGAGCCGAGGCAAAACAUUUGAACGGGCGGGAACUGGGUGUAAGUGACUUCCGUCCCGUUUCCCACGCUAACAGACGUUUUGUGCUAAAUAUAUGUGACGAACACGGACCCACGCGGUGCAUUCAUAGCACCACCAGAUGCUUGCUACGUUGCACGUUAACCGGGAAAAGUACGCACAAUUUUGGGGGAUUUUUUGACAUCAUCCAAAAGAUAAGCUAGCCAAGGUUCCACUGUACAGAAACAAUUUUUUUCAUUUGAAAAAUGAAUGAAUUUGUUUGUAGUAAAGGAAAGACUGCAGUCAUUGAAGGUAAAGCUAUCAAACACAAUUGCUCUUUUAGAACCACGACACUUAUUUCACCUUUAGCUAACAAUACCAGAACAACCUAAUUUCCUUUUUAACUGUAUGAAAUUGUAUAAAGGAUAAAUGUGUAUAUGAUAUCUUAGUUUUAUUUAUUGAAGGACCAAAGGAAUUUCAUAUGGACAUACAGUACAUAGAUGAUAACAAUUUGAAAUGCAAGUACUGCAAUGAUCUAAUGUUUGACAUGAAUAAAGACUAAUAUAAUCAUGUAAAUGGUGUUUUAUUGUUCGCUCCUUGUCAGUGUGCGCGUGAAGGCCGCCUCAAGUGCACCCCCCUCGCAGUACAUGUGCCCCCACCCCCGAUGCGGGUGUUUAUUUGUACUUUCAAUCAUAUACUGUUUGUGUCUCCUGUCUCUUCCUGUGUAAUCACCAACUUUAUGGAGUACUACGCCAUCAGUGUUCAGGGGGGGGGGGGAGGCUGGACAAUGUCGAUGAAUUUUUACAUAAAAACCACCCACUUUUGUAUUGUAUGGUUUCCAAAGCCAUGGUUUCACCUGCCUUACCUGCGACCGCGUGCAAGUGAAGGGUCAAGUAGUGACGUGACGUGUACAUACUUCAAAGGUCAUUCAAGCUGAACUCCUCUUUGGUUUGGUGGCGCGUUUUCCUCGUUUUUUUCUUUCCGCGCAAGCAGUUCUGUUCUUGUGUGCGACCAGUAACCUUAAUUUACUGUGUAAAGAUGGUUACAUUUUUUAGCUUGGUUUGUCAGAGACCCAAAUAUAGAACCAUGUUUACUGACUGUAUCUUGAACUCCGUGUAUUCUACCAACUCACUUCUUCCUAUGAGAUGUCUUGUACAACGCUUUUAAAGCUUAUUGUUCCGGGGGGGGAGGGGGGGGAUAAUCCAUAUUUUUGUUGAAUCUUUGUUUUGCAUUUGUUUUGUUGAACCUCUAGCUGACGUGUCAAUGUUUCCUCUCGUGAGAUUUCAGUUUUCUGGUGUGGAAAUGUACGUCGCAUUUUCAGCACAUCACGGCUUCUUGUCCCGCUUCUGGUGUUGAAAUGCGACAUGUUCGCGGCAUGUGCACGACUUUUGCGCUGAUAGGCUGACCUGCUCAUUUCCUUUCUCGCUUCAAAUAGAAAAUGUCUAUUUAUGAAUUUUGCUUGUAGUUUUUCACAAAUAAAAUUGUUGAAGUUA